GCUUAGUAAGAUAAGGUGUGUCUUAGACGCCAACGCCUGGUGUUCUGCAAGUGUUGACCAUUUUACAGUCAAAAUGACCGAAUCACUUCUACAGUAUUUUGUAUAUGGCUUGCGAGGGUCGCAAGUGACAAAACGCUCGAUAUUCUUCGGUCCAAAGCACAGUAUUGCUUUUAUAUUAGUUAAAUAACCACAACAUGAUUUCCGAGGUCGCUCAUAAAACACCUGCAUGGCAAAUUGGGGCAUGUUCCAUCUUCUCGAAAUAAACGGUAUAUUUAGUUAUGCAAAAAAUCGCAAGUGAAGGAUUGCCAAAACAGGCCUCUUUGGGUCGUUCCUAGCGGUUAAUUUUUUAGGAACCGCAGUGAAGUGUUCCAAAAUUUCAACGAGUUUUUCGAUAAACCCCUGGCUCUCGUCCAAGACGCUGAUAGGGAAUACUGGCUUAGUUUAGUGUACAUGUUUCAAUUUAAAUAAUACAAAGCAAUCCUCCAUGACCGUGUCUUUUUCACAGCCCUCGGGUUAUCCUCUCUGGGUUACUCUGCUUGCUAAUGUAAAGUGCGUGUAGCAGUCUUGUUCCGUCAUGGAGAUCGAGGAAAAUUGGGUUUGAAUUAACAAGCAUCCUUGUGGCAACUGAUUGGGUCAGUGGUUUGGUCCGCCUUAAAAUAUCGAGAAAAGCUUAAUUUUAUUUCAACGAUUUUUGACUGCAUUUUUAGUGGCGAUGACUUGGUGAAACGUUUUGUAUCCCUGCCAAAACCACUUCCAUCUAAAUGCAAAACUUUCGAGUCGGAGUGUCAAUGCUGAAUAGGGCCACCUGUGUCGCGAAGGGGAACCAUACGAAACAAAUUGACAAUCUUAAAUAAUUGAUGCGCGUUCACCCUUGGACAGUACUGCAAGCCUUCGAUGCUCAAUUAAGCACCACUAAGGUAACUUCCCUGCUCAAACGUGUUUCUUCCCUGACCUAGAAAAAAAGACUUUGCAGUUCAAAGCCCACCAUGAAGCAGGUGAUAAUGAUACUGCUGGUAUUAGUUAUUCCUGUGGCUUUUUCAAAAAUGUUGCCACAGUUCUCAGUUCUUAAAGAGAUGUAUCUUGGUAACAUCGAUUAUGGCGGACUUUAUAGCGACCAGGACGUGAAGCAGUACCUUUUUAAAGACCUUAACAAGCGUAAGUUACCGGACAAUGCCACAUGCAUACUGCGCAUGAGUGCCGUGUUAAAUGUCACAACCGAGGAGCCUGGGAGCCAGCAAGGCUUGAAAAACUACUUUUACUUUCAUGAACGAGAUGAACUUUUAAACUAUCUGAAGAAAAUGUAUGGAGAACCCGACCAGUCUAACAAGACGAAAGAUUUCAGUGGCAAAGUUGGAAUAAUGUCCUUCAAAGUCAGUGGCAGCGAGGCAAGUGAAGAUUGCGGUGUUCUGCUGUGGAAUGGGAACGGGGUUCAUCAGGGGAAAGGUCCUAAGUAUUUCCAGUCCGCUCAUUUGUGGGCCGCUCCUACAGCUGGAUGUGUAACCAAUGUAAAUGUACAGCAGUCUGGUGGAUCGACCUGCUUCCCGUCCAAGUCACAAGUUGAACUCAGAUCUGGAAAGAAGAUUCCCAUCAGCGACCUGGCCAUCGGUGACACGGUAAAGACAGUCACUAAGAAAGGUCAGAUUGUGUUCAGUCCUGUCAUUACGUUCCUGGAGCAAGAACCUGACUACAAAGGCCAAUUUAUUAACAUCACGACUGAAAGCAAAACCCAACUCACCAUCAGCGAAGCUCAUCUCAUUUUCAAAAUUGAAUUUUUGCGAGGUCCCCGUGGAGAACAUACCUCCCGCUCAGUGCAUGCGUCCCAAAUCAAACCCGGGGACCGCAUUGUCGUCCAGGCUCCACAGUGCCGGGGGCCCAUUCCUGAGAUGGUGGUAGCGGUCUCGACAGUUGAAAGGCAGGGGGCCUUUGCGCCAGUUACCCAGGAAGGGACCAUGAUAGUGGAUGGAGUCUUGGUGUCGUGUUAUGCUGACAUUGCGGACCAUGAUUUGGCUGACUCUCUUAUGGCCCCUCUAAAGAGCUUUUAUAACUGGGCCCCUCAGAUACUAGGAGCCAGGGGAAAAUACGCACAUAGUUACCUAAAACGGGUCCUGCGUCCCAUUGGUACAAGGGUCUUUGGAGAGGAAAUGUUCUAUCAGGGGCCAGACAGCGAAGUCAUGGGAGGGAAGGAAACGAUCACCUCAGUCUUUGACUGGCAUGACGAAUGAUUUCUUUAUCAUAACAAAGCGCGGAAGAAAGCCAAGCCAAAACGCUGGUAUAAAUGAAGAAUUUCUAAUAGUGCCUUCGAAGAGCUACAGAGAAGCUACGCAUUUUUUAAAUAGGUAGUUAAAGGUGGUCUUAUAAUCAGACAAUAGGUGUAAUGCAGUAAUGAUUAUUAACAUUGCCCUGGAUCACUAAAACGUUGACAAGGUUGUAAGUUGUUUUUUUUUCCCCGAGUACCUUUUUGCAGGUCUUUUUUUAAAUAUGCAGAUGUGAGCUGAUGCAAGUAAACAUUCGUGAAGCGUCUUAAGUUGGUCAGAAGGAGAUAAGAAGCCACUCAUCUCAAUAGACCGCUUAAAACAGAUAAUAAAAAAGACCGAUGGAUUUUUAACUGUAUAAGUAACGUGACAGAAAACCGUCAUUUCUUCGUUUGAUACAAAACAACCAGGGCUUAUAUACAGCUCUUUAAUUUCUAAAUAGCACUGUAAAUCUUCUCUGAAAUUACUAACUAUUAAAUAUGUAUUGCCGAAGUCGACUAUUUGUUCUUGACAAAACGAGAAAACACUACAUCUUUCUUCAUAUUUUAUCUUCAGUAGCUCAUAAAUAACGCUAACCACUGUUUUGUAUAAACUGCUCAGCGAAGGCAUAAGCCGCCAAAUUCUUACCUUUAAAUAACUAACUAGGGUAAAUGGUAUUUCCACACAAAACUUUACCUUUUAAACCCCGGCCCGGGAAAGUAUGAUACACAAUGCAGCUCACUGGCCUCUACAAAUCUCUCAUUGUGCAACCUGUGACUACUUGUUCUAAUUGUUUU